UGCUAAAGAAAUAAAAAGUAAAAAAUAAAAGCUGUUUUAAUACAACUAGACAUGCCUGAAGCUGAGGAAACAAACGUCGUUUUUUUCCUAUCAGUGUCACUUUUUAUCCUCGCCACACUCAGUAUGCAUGCUAGGCCCCUGCAGUAAGGGUCUGACACCGGCCGGACCCGUCAGACCGGUCUAGUAACCGCUUGGUGCCGCCUGUGGGAGAGAAACGCGGAAGAGUUCAUUCAAGGCGUUCGGGGCUCCUCGGGCACACGUACGCGAGUUUCUCCCGGCGAACAUGCUCCGGUGACGCUUCCCCAACGCGUCCCCCGCGUUUCGCUCUCGUUCAGCGGAGAUGUCCGGACACGCGCUGCUGCACGCGCUGAUCCUCUUCUGUUCGGUGCUCGCCGAGAAACCGGAUGAUGGCUGUGGUCAUUAUGUCCUCGGUCAAGAGAGCGGUGUCUUGUCCUCAAAGAACUACCCAGGAACGUACCCCAACAACUCCUGGUGUGAAUGGCGAGUCCAUGUACCCAUUGGCCACACUAUUGUCCUAAAGUUUGGAGACCUGAACAUGGAGAAGAAAGACUGCGAGACUGACUAUUUGAAGGUUCUGAAAGGAUCAUAUGGGACAGAAAACGUUUACUGGCAGUACUGCGGUGGUCAGAUGCCCAAGCCCACUCAAAUUCACACGGACUCCAGCGACGUGAUCGUGCGCUUUCGCAGCAGCCAGCACAUCUCUGGAAGAGGAUUUCUGCUUUCAUACUCCACCGAAAACCACAAAGAGCUGCUGACAUGCUUGGACAGAGGCAGUCAUUUCCCAACACCAAAGUACAGGAAGUACUGUCCGGCCGGAUGCGCAGCGGUGACGGGAGACGUGUCUGGGGACAUUUCCCUGGGCUACAGACAUACAUCAGUUUUGUGUAAAGCAGCCGUGCAUGCUGGGGUCAUCAUGGACCAGUUUGGAGGACCAAUCACGGUGGAGGAGCGCCGAGGGCUCAGUCAUUACCCUGCGGUCAGAGCCAACGGCAUCCAGUCAAAAGAUGGCUCGUUGUCUGAAACCCUCUUCACAUUUGUGACAAACGAUUGCAGCCAACAGACUGUUCUUCAACCCGUGAGCACCACUACAAGCUUGUCGUCACACAACAUCUCUUCCGACGGGUUUGAAGUCGACUGGUUUCCUAACAGCACCCGUCCAUCUGUUGCUGAUGACCUUAAUAGUAGCCAUCCAAAAUGGCUCCAGAUUGACCUCGGAGAAAAAAGGAGGAUCACAGGCAUUCUGACCACGGGCUUGACCGUCGCAGGCUCUGAAUAUUUCGUAAAAAACUACAAGAUCGAGUACAAAGAGAGGAGUCGCUGGCGAACAUUUGUCCAAUAUAAUAACUCUGAUGAAAUGGUGUUUGAAGGAAACACUGACAGCGUCCAUCAAACACGCAACACCUUCCACCCCUCCAUCGUCGCUCGAAGUCUUCGAGUCAUGCCUCAACAGUGGCACCGGUCAAUCGCUAUGAGAUUGCAGCUACUGGGCUGUCCUUACGUUAAACCCAUCCCAGUGAAUUCAUCAUCUCCGGUGACGCAGGAGGUCCGGCCUACACAGUCCAUUCACAGAGACAUGACCAAACCAAUGGCCUCUCAGGCUGAUCUCGUUAAUCUGGUCAUAAUAAUUGUGCCAACCAUUCUGCUUGUGGUCCUGCUCCUCGUGGGAAUCUGCGUGGUUAAAAUGCUAUACAAUAAGAAGACAAAGGAGAACACGUAUGGCUCCGCGGAGACGCAUACAGGCUGUUGGAGGCAGAUAAAACAGCCGUUUGCCAGACACCAGUCCACAGAGUUCACCAUCAAAUACAGCUCUGAGAAAGAUCCCAUCCAGAAGCUGGACCUGGUAACCAGCGCCAUGGCAGCCGAGUACCAGCAGCCUCUCAUGCUCGGCACAGACACGGUUUCUCGAAAAGGCUCAACGUUCAGACCCAUGGACACUGAGGCCAAAGACAAAGACGUCGAGGCUACUUCUCACUACGACCACCUGCAGACGGGCAUCCAGUACGCCCUGCCACUGACCAAUCAGGAGCCGGAGUAUGCCACGCCCAUCAUCGAGCGCCACGCCUUCCGCCAAGAUCCCUUCCUUCCGGAUCCCAGCUACAGUGUCCCAGGCGUGGUCCUAAACAAAAGCCCGUCGUUCCGAGCCGUGGAGGGCAGUAACUGCAGGAAAGUGAUCGGCGGGCUGGCCAAGGUCUACCAGACGCCCCACGUCAAAACGGAGCGGGGAAAUUACCCAGAGGACAUCUACGACAGCCCUAAAAUCAGGAAACCCGUCGUGAAGAACGGGAGUUGCUCUGAGUACCAGAGACCCCAGAUUAAAUCUCCGGUUCAAGAGUGCUAUUCCACUCCCAGAGACUGCAUCAGACUGCCUUUCUCCGGACUCAGACCGGACCCCGAGGGAAGCAGGUCCGACCCGGAGGGCAGCAGCUCUGAAGGAAGCUGAGAAGAACCACACUGUGACGUGCCUGAUCUCCUCAACAAAACCACCUCCAGACUCUAACUUAUUCGUGCAUGAGGGACAACCUUUUGCGUUUUUGCGAAGGCCGUAAUGGAUGCCAUCGGUUUUGUGUAAUUUAACUUUUUUUUUUUUUUUUUUUUGUAUAUAUAUAUGAUGCAUUUUGUCUUGACAUAUCAAGAUUUGUAAAAAAAAAAAAAUUGUGCUGUUUGUUCCCCGUUCAUCCCCUACGGACACAAACUGUGAAUGCGAGCCAGAUUUUCAUGUAUUCUACAAUGUGACCAUCAUCUUUAUUUUCCACUUUGAACAGAAUUGCCCUAAAGAGCAAGUUCACUGCCUUUUUUUUUUUUUUU